GUAACCAUGCCUUCUAUGUUUUUUAGCCCAACAUCAACUAUCUCUAUUUUAUAGAUUGUGCACAGAUUUGUUUCAUGUCCAGCCCACUUGGGUUUAAAAUUUUCUUGCCAAAUAACCCAAAACCUAACCCCUCGUCAACCCUCAUUCUUUUUCUUCUUUCUUCAAAUUUCCAUUUUGUCCACCAUUUUCAGCAACGGCCACCUUACACCAUUUUAUUUUCCUAUAUGAAUUAAAGGGUGGAAGCAAGAAUUUAGCAAGGGAGCCGAAGGAGGAAAUGAACGGGAAAGAAAAGAAGUAGGUAAGCUUUAAUUAGUUUCGUUUUUUUUUAGCCUCGACUCGGGCUUUAAUAUAGAUUAAGCGAAUACAUAUAAGUUUAGUUUUGUUAAUUAACCCCGAAUUGAAGUUGGUAUGUAAAAUCAUAUGAGCCAAGAUCGGUUAGGAAUGUUUGUACUUUCGUCUUUGGGUGCAUUAAUUUUGAUUAAGAAGUUGGAUUGCCUGGAUAGAACGAGGCAAAAUAGUUGAUGGGGGAAUGAUUCGCAUGAGAGCUUGUUUGAAUUUGCUCUUGGAAAGUUGGGUAGAGCAGGGUAAGCAGGGGAAGGUGGGUUCGCAGGUUCUGGAACUAAACUAAGGUUACUAGUUUAAUUUUGUUUUUUUUUUUUUAAGAAAAAGAUUGAGUUUCCAUAACCUAUUCCCAGAUGCAUGAUUAAUCUGAAAGUUAAUUAAGCGAACUUCAGAAUGAUGACUGAAGAUAGGAAAAAGUGAAAAAAUUAGCUUCUGAAAAUGGCUUUGAUGCAUUUUAGCUAUUCUAAACUUCCUGGAGUUUGGUGAGCUUAGGAUUUAGCUGACUGAGCCAUCCAAUAUUUACUAAAUUUUAUUGUAAAACAGAAUAGUCUAUAAUCAUUACAAUAAUCUGAACCUAUAGAACCAUGGCAGCGGUAAUAAGGAAGUCCAUGAUUUGAAAUAUUGAUUAACUAACUAGCUUACUUUGAAAGGAACUGUUUUUAUUUUAACUAUGAUACUAGUUUAGAACGAAAUAGGAAUGGGCUGAUUUGGCAGCUAGUAGCUAAGUUUAAGUCAGUAAUUAAUUAGCAAAAGAUCGUAAAGUAAUAAUAGCACAACUUAGAUUGUAGUAAAACUGGUGUACGCUAGAUUGUGCAACUGUCGAUUACCUGAUUAGAUAAGGUAAAUGGAAUCUAAACUAAAAGUGUAAUAGCUAACCUAACUCUAGGACUAUGCCUAAACUUAGGAUUUAGUUAGUAAAGAAAGUAAAUUUUAUAAAUUCAUUUAUUAAUGAAAUGCAGAUUAAACCAGUGAAUGUUUUGAUAGCUUAGAAUCACCAAGUAUGUUCUGUAGCAGGAGGAGGAAAAGGUGAGUGUUCCCUUUCUUUUUUCUGAAAGUUUAUUUUAUUGUGUUUCUUUAAUUUUUGCUUAAGGAAUUUCGUAAUUCGCAUAUGCAAGGAUUGUGAGUGUGCUUGUGUGCCUUGGUGCGAACCAUGAGUGCAUUGCAUGUGCAUGUUCUGUGGAACUUGGGCGUGCUGUAUCGCCUCGGUUCAUGAAACUUGUUUGUUGAUCCUUGGCGUAGGGUGGCCGUUUGUAACUUUAAAGGUCAGAAAUUGAUCACAAGUGUAUCAUUUCAAGCCACUGAAACCAGAAUCUAGAUAGUUGAAAAGCCUCUGAGGUGUACUUGUUUAUGAACUUUUUGUUGUACGGUGAACCAUUGCAGUGAGAAGGAAGGAAUUUGGACUUGUGAUUUUGCAGAAUAAUGACAGAAACAGCCGAAACUUCUGCUUCACUAGUGAGAAUUGUUGAAGUAGACGGGAAGGGAAGGGCCCUUGUGUCAUCUGUACCUCUAAGGGCUGGCCAAAUAGUCCUCAGGGAUUCUCCUGUAUUGUUAUAUUCGGCCCUCCCUUUGCUCACGCCUCCUGAAAGUUCCAAGGAAAGUCCUAACUUUAAAUAUUGUUCACACUGCUUCAGAUUAGUCUCCGGAGCACAGCUUUCAUGUUCCCCUUGUCCGAGUUGUUCUUUGUCAGUUUUCUGUAGUCCUCGUUGCCAAUCACUUUCUUUAUCUACAUCCCACACACUUUGGGUCUGUCAAGCCCUAAAACAACUUCAAAGUUUUCCAUCAGCUCGUCUCCAGGGCUCCACAGACCUCCAAGUGCAGAUGUGUUUUCUCUUUGCAGCCUAUAACUUGGCAAUUGUCUCUCCUACCAAUUUUCACACACUGUUGUCUCUCCAAGGUGAUCCAUCUCUAUUUCUGAACUCAACAGAAACAGCGAAUUCCACCACUUUUCUUCAUUCACUUGUUUCAUCUCUCCUAUUGCCUUCUGUAAAUCAAGAUGCUGUUGCCUUUUCUUUCUCUUUGGAACUAACAGCUGCUCUGCUUGCCAAGGACAAACUUAAUGCUUUUGGCUUGAUGGAGCCUUUCACCCCUGAUAAGGAAAGAUCUGUUAGGGCCUAUGGCAUCUACCCGAGGGCCUCUUUCUUUAAUCAUGAUUGCUUACCAAAUGCUUGUAGGUUUGAUUAUGUUGAUGGUACACCUGCUGAUGUGAACAACACUGACAUCAUUGUGAGAGUAAUCCAUGAUGUUCCUGUGGGCCGUGAAAUUUGUGUGAGUUACUUCCCUGUGAACCUCAAAUAUGCUGAAAGGCAACGGAGACUUAAGGAGGAUUACGGUUUUAUUUGUGAUUGCGACCGUUGUAAGGUUGAGGCUAAUUGGUCAGACCAAGAGGAGGAGGAGCUGGAAGAAGAAAAUUUUGGUGAUGAGAACGAGGCAGCCAUGGAUGAGGAUGAUGAUGAAGAAAUGGUGGCUGAUGAAUAUGGGGGUGUGGCUGAAGAUGCGAGUGAUUUUCCACAUGCUUAUUUCUUUCUUGAGUACAUGUGUAACAGAGAAAAUUGCUGGGGCACAUUAGCUCCUUUACCUCCUUCAGAUAUGACUCCUUCUACAGUCAUGGAAUGCAAUGUUUGUGGAUAUUUGCGCAACUCCAAUGAUCCUUUGGAUGCUGGUGUGCUUAAGUAAUAAAUUUUUGCGUGAGUUUCAAUCAUUGAAAAUUAAACCGUUGAUCGGCAGCACAUUUUGUUUAGGGCUCUAUAUUUCCAUACAUUCUGUGAGAAGGGGAACAUUUAGUUUACCUUGCCCUGAUCAAGUACAAAAAUGUUUGUACUUUGACACAUGAGAUGUAAACCAUUUGAGGUCUUUACAGCUUAAAAUUUGACGCAAAUGCUGCUGAUUCUUUGGUCUGCUUUCACAGGAGGCUUUAGUAUUGGCUGGGUUUGUUUCUGUUUUGGAACCUAUUUGGUUAUUUUAAAUGUUGGGGGCUGUGGACCUGAGAAAAGAUUGUAGGCUCUUUAUAUGAAAGGUAUAUGGUCUGUAGUCUGUACGAAAUGCAGUGGUUUUGUUGACUUGGUAGUAGGAAAGAUUUUGUGCUCUGCAUGGUGCUCUAUAACCAGGCAGGUGUUUCUUUACCCUCUCAAAGUAGUCUUCAGACUGGUCCACAGUUAACAUCGAAUUUUUGAACGAAAGAGAUGAAAUGUACACUCUCUAUGUUGUUAACUUUGCUUUUGCUAGUUUUAUGAUGAUUGCCAUAGCCGACCAUUCUUGUAAAAUGUUGCGCCUAUAUGCUUUUGACACUUGCCUGAAGUAAUGAGCUUUGCCGUGUCAUUAGUCAAUUAUUCUUUUUUGGCAUUUGGUAAGAUUAUAAAUGUGAUUGUUGUUUGAAAUAGAG